GACUCAUAAUUAUAAUUAAUGUACGUUUAGUCAUGUGAGAGGACUAAAAUUCUUACAGAACCUUCAUUUGAUCCUGCUUUUGACUUGCCUGGCUUGGCUCCAUAAUGUAUUCUUGGCAGCAGAUACUAAGGCUUCAGCAGAGACAACAAGAGAUACAGCAGAUACUUCAAGAACUGCAAGAACAAGAGCAGCAGCUCUUACAAGGCAUGCAGCAGCGGCAUCAAGAAGAGUUGCAGCAGCUAGUACAAAAACUGCAACAAAACAUGCUGCAGCAGCUAGAACAAAAACUGCAACAAAGCAUGCUGCAGUUGUUAGAAAAGAUUAAGCAGCAACAAAAAGAGAAGCAGCAGCUACAACAAAUACGGCAAGUGUUACAACAAGAGCAGCAGCUCUUACAAGGCAUGCAGCAGCGGCAUCAAGAAGAGUUGCAGCAGCUAGAACAAAAACUGCAACAAUACAUGCUGCAGCAGCUAAAACAAAUACUGCAACAAGACAUGCUGCAGUUGUUACAAAAGAUUAAGCAGCAACAAAAAGAGAAGCAGCAGCAACAAAAAGAGAAGCAGCAGCUACAACAAAUACGGCAAGUGUUACAACAAGAGCAUCAGCAGACACAACAACUGAUGCAGCAGCUACAACAAAUAUUGCAGCAUAGUAUACAACAACUGGAGCUAGUACAACAGGAUUUACCAGACCAUUAUCAUUUUGACCAGGCAAUGCAGUCAAGCGCAGUGCAACAACAGAACAGGCAAGACAACGACCACUACCCUGAAGAUAGGGCAGACCGGCAAGGAGACAGCAACGUUGACAGACACCGGGGCGGUCGGAUGGACCGAAGUCGCGGCGACAGAAGAGACGCAGCAAGAAACCGUGAUGGUAAUAAUGACAGGGACCGUUCGAGGAGCAGUGACAGAAGAGACGAAGCAAGAGACAGUGAUGGUAAUAAUGGCAGGGACCGUUCGAGGAACGGCUCGCGGGAGAGGAGACGGCCGUCGUCGUCCGUCCAGGAGCAGGAGCGAGCAAGCCAUUCUCCCGAGCCCGGAGCCCAUCACUAUGCAGGACCCAAGGAUGCAGAAUCUGGUCAACUUACCCGGAAAUGUUGAGAACGACUUUUUCAAUCCUGCAAGCUCUAGGCUUGAUCCCUCGUCCCAGUCCAUGAUCGGUUCUGUGAACUCCGCUGCUGUGGGGCCACACGCAGGAGGGCCUUUCCCUGCGUCAACAGGCCUAACCACAUUGGGCCACCCUAGCGUAUCCCAACAACAACAGUGUGCGACACCCAUGGGUUCUGCCUUGGUGAAGCCCAUGAAUGCUGGGGGUGCUCAGCAAUAACCUGAGCCUCCAGUCUUCCUCGCCAUGUACCUCCACAAUGACAAGCUCUUCGUCUGUCCUUGCUGCCACUUGUGGAUCAGCUACUCUUCCUGAUGACAAAAACGAAGUCAUGAACUUCAUCAAGCAAGAACCUAUGGAUAUGGACGUCAAGAAGGAGCUCUCGUCGCCUGAGGGCGCUGAUGUCAAAGUUAAGAUGGAGAUUAAGACAGAAGUUAAAGAUGAGCCGACUUCACCUGAGAGCGACUUCUAUUAAAGCUUGUUAAUGGUCUCUGAUGCUCCAUACAUUUAAGUCAAAUGUGCGCUAGUUCGUAAAAUAAGCGAUAGUAACUUGAACAAGCAUUAAAACAUGUUGUGAAUUAAACGAUAGUAUCACAAAAUGUUUCUGGGGAAACCCACUACUGAAUCAAAAUUCGUUCCUAGCAGCUCAAAACAUGUUGAGAUUACUUAACUUGAUACAGUGUGUGUGUUU